AUGGCGGGGGCGCUCGCGGGAGCCGGGAUCGUGUGGCAGACGCCGGCCAACCCGCCCGAGGCGCAGGACUACAUCUUCCGCAACGGGCGGCGCUACGUGAGGCCCUAUUACUUCGAGUUCAUCUCCCAUGCGAAGAACAGAUGGGCUGGGAAGACCAUUGUAGAUCUCUUCACGGAUGAAUUCAAGGGGCGGCCCCGUGAAUACUAUGUUCAUGCAGUGAAGUGCGGGAGGCUUCAGGUGGAUGAGCAAAUGGUUGAAGAAGACUAUAUUGUGAAAUCAUCACAAAAGAUAAGCCAUUUCUUGCACAGGCACGAGCCACCAGUCUUGGGUGGUAAUAUUGUAAUCCUUCAGAAUGAAGUUGAUGUUGUAACUGUUUGCAAACCGGCAUCUGUUCCAGUUCAUCCCUGUGGACAGUACCGUAAAAACACCGUAGUAGGCAUUAUGGAGGCAGAACAUGGAUUGACGCCCCUAUUUCCUGUGCAUCGGUUAGACCGGUUAGUUUCAGGUCUACUUAUAUUCGCUAAAAGUGCUGAGCGAGCAGAAUGUUUCAGGCAACAGAUAGAAGCUAAUUUGCUGCAGAAAGAAUAUGUAGCCAAAGUUGUUGGUGUAUUUCCUGAAGGCGAGCAAACUGUUGACGCUAAUGUAAACUUCAAUGCACGGGAAGGAAGGAGCACUGUUGAGGUUUCUAACGGUCCUGGUAAAGCCCUCCCAAGUGGAAAACAAGCAUGCACCAAGUUUCAGAGGAUUUGCACUGAUGGGAACCACAGCAUUGUCUUGUGCAAACCUGUCACUGGCCGAACUCACCAGAUACGGGUGCAUCUAAAACACCUUGGUUACCCAAUAGCUAAUGAUGAGCUCUAUGUUUCGGGGGAUUUUUGUCCGCGUUCAUCAAAGGGGACGAGUAUCCAUAGGGCAACCUCACUAGCGUGCUCAUUGCCAUCAUCAGAUCCUGACAACGGUGCUGAAGCUGAUUUGGAAUUUGGUAUUGACCCAAUGUGUACGAAUUGUCCAAAUCUCGCUCCUGUCGGUUAUGAUGGCGACGAGGAGGGACUAUGGCUGCAUUGUGUGCGAUAUACUGGCCCCGAUUGGUGCUAUGAAUGCCCAUAUCCUGACUGGGCAUCCCUUGACAAUGUGUCAGGGAAGAAAAUGAAGUCUGAUGUACCACCAGAAAAUUAA